CAAUCAUCCAUCCAUCUUCACUUCAAUCAACAUGCGCAAUUAAGAAAUGACCAGCCUCAGCGUCCAAAACACUCGCGCCCAUAAGCACGACUUUGUAUGGUCCUGGCUAAAUUCAGUAAAAACAGAAUCUCUCCCGACCGAACGGCCGAUACAUCAGCGAAAGCGACGCAAAAUAACAAACGCCAAGUCAGACCGCGACAAUCAAUUUCAUCGCAUCCCAACGCCUUCAGCCUCGUCUCACGAGAGCCGUUCUAUCAGCGAGUUAAAUGUUCAGGACCUCCAUUCAAUGCCAAGGAAACGCAGAAGAUCGACCUACAAUGUAGAUCCCGUUCGCUCAGAUGGAGAAGAUGGCGCUGUUGAGGACACCCCCAGAGCAUCUUCAAGAGGCCUGAGACAAUGGGCUCCGAAUCUGGACCAUGAGUCUUCGACCUCGUACGCUUCCUCUGCAGUCUCUGGCACGUCAUCACCCACCAAACAGCUGCGCUAUGCCGCGACGCAAAAGACCGGCUUUGACGACUUCAAAUUCGAUGAUUUCAUGGAUCAAUUACCCCCUUCACUCCAAGAUCUGCAUCAGCAGCUCGUCACGAUUGGAUAUGGAUUUGCGCUUAUUCCUCAAACGCUGAAACCUGAGCUGCAGAAUCUGCGUAAUAUACCUGACUUUGCGUUUUAUGAUCCUGGCAAGCAUGCAAACAAUUGGCGAAUUCCUACCCCAUCGUUUAUCCGCCAGGUUUUGCAGAGCGCUACCAAAUGCGAAUUUGGCCGUCACAGCGAAGCGUCCUGGAACAUGGAGGUUCAUCGAUGCGUUCUCGACUUUGCUUUUCGAGAAGCGAACGAUUUUUGCAUUGGUGAUUUCAGAUACUGCACCACCGCGCACAUCAUUCCCGAGUACAAACCCUUCGGCACAUCAUCCAAAUGCAUCGACUUUUGCAUCUGCAUUGAGACUCCAAAAGGAAGUCUUGAACGGCAGAAGAUUGAUGAAGCGAUCAAGACGCGGCCAGGCCUGUCAGUCAACCACACAGACUGGGGCGAUCUCUGCAAGAACCCUAUCGCCCUGUCAAUCGAGACUAAGCGUCAGGUCAGCUGGGAGAAGGCACUUCUUCAGAUCGGCACGUGGCACGCCGCGCAGUGGCGGUCGCUAAGGGGGGAUGUCGAGGUGAUUGAGUUUCUCGCGGGGAUUAUCGUGCAAGACCACGACUGGUUCUUCGUGGCGUCGACGUUGCAGGAUGGAAAGUCAACGACGUAUCAUCGGUUGCCUCUUGGAAGCACAUAUAAUGCAUUUGACUUAUAUAAGUUGCUCAUGUCAUUGCAAUGCUUGGGAUUGUGGAUCAAGGAGAAAUACUGGCCUGCUUUUCGGAGGGAUGUUCUUAAGAUAUUUGAUGCUGAGUAACGAGAUUAAUGAGCGUUGUUGCAUUUAGAAUUAUACCAGGCGUUGGUGGGUAAAGGGAAAAUAACAUAGAUUAUUUGAAUUGAGUAGUGAAGCCA